CAAAACAAACUUUGACGUUCCAUCGAUUGUUGACUAUGAUAUAUUUUAAUUUUCUCAACAAAAAUGUUUAAAAAUAAUUUUAGCCUUCUGAUUUGCCGAUAUUCAAGAAGAUUCAUACAAAAUAGUGCCAAUGAAAAUCUCCUAAAUAAUGAAGAACAACUGUCUGAGUUGCUACCUUCAAAAAUCUACAAAAAACGGCAAAGAACACCUGAGGCAUUCUAUCUGGCCAACCAAAAAGGGGCCGACAUCAUAGCCGAUGCUCUAAAACCUCACAUUUCCGCCGAAAGUACCCUGCUCGAAUUUAAUCCAGGCAUUGGAUUAAUGACACAGAAAUUCGUGGAUUGGAAACUAUUCAAGAAAAUAAUCCUAAUCGAACAAACAAAGUUGAAUAAUAAAAGACUUAUAAAUAUCUGCCAACAAAACAACCAAGAAUGCUCCCUAAAGAGAGGAGAUUUUAUAAAUCUCUGGAAAAUCGUGUUUCAAGAUAAAAUUGACGAUGGCUCACGAGUUGCUAAUCUCCUCGCGGAUGUUCCCAAGAAAUUAUAUGCCGAUGACCCAAAUAUGGUUGUCUUCGGGGCUGUUGGUUCGUAUGUCUUUUUUAAGCACUUGAUUAAUUCAAUUGUCUUUCAAAACAGCCUCUUUUCGUUUGGCCGAAGUGAGUUGUAUUUGGUUAUGCCUCCAGCGAUAUAUGUGCACUUGACUUGUAGCAAUGAAAUCGGAUACAUGAUCUACAGAUCGUCGUCAAUGCUCUUCCAAAUGAUGUUCGAGCAUAAAUUCAUAACCAAACUGCCCAGAGAGUACUUCCUGCCGCGACAGGCCGAAUACAAGUUCAAGAAGAGCGGCAAGCUCGACAAAGUGAAUUCAAUCAACCCAGAUGGGCUGUAUCUUGUUAAGAUUGUGCCGAGGCGUAAUUUCUAUGAGUUCUGUGCCCCAGCAGAUGUCCAGGCGCUUUGGUAUUUUGUCAAGCAGAAUUGUGUAAGCCGACGAAAUCGAAUAAUACCCAAUCUGGAGAAGUACGUUCCCGGGUGUGGGCCGCGGCUUAUAGUUCAGUCGAAACCCCCGACACCCGUGAAACUAAUGUAUCCAAAUGAAACUUCCAAUUUCUUACCAAAGUACUCAACGAAUUGUGUUGAAAUUAGUAAUGAAUGCUUCUUUCCCAAUUUGAAUAUUCACACAGAGUUUGGAGACUUGACACCCAAUCAAAUGCUGACGUUAUUUUGUCAAUUUCGCAAUUGGCCUGAGUACAAGGAUAGUUCGUUUUUGGCAUCUUUGGAGAAUAGUUUGUUGAAGUUGGAGGCAUCAGUUGAUGGGAAUGUUGAUGUGCUCGAAGUUCCGGAGGAGGACGAUGUAACGAUUGUUCAGUAAACUUCAUCGACGACGUAGAGAUAUAUACAUAAAGAUCUGACUGAAUCAAGUAAAAAAAUAUCAGGUUACGAACUCUGUCCAUAACAGGAAUGGAGGAGGGAAUCUGAUAAAUUGUUGUUAAAUAAAACUUUGAUACUCUUUGUUUGAAA